AUGGCCAGUUCAGGCGGUCGUACACGUCCUCUUAGUGCUGCCCGACCUCUCAGCGGCAGCAAGGAGCGGCCCACAGAUAUACGCAACAGGAGAGAGAAGGUCCUGCUCAAGUAUCAGGAGUUUUCCGAGGCGGUCUCCUCCCGCCGUCUCAAACUAGAGCAGGCCAAACAGUUGCACCAGUUCUACAGCGACGCUGACAAUCUAGAGUCCUGGAUCAAUGAUAAGAUACGCAUAGCCUCUGACGAAUCUUACAAGGACAGAAGAAACCUACAGGUGAAGAUACAAAAGCACCAGUCCUUUGAAGCUGAGAUUGCUGCACACACCAACUCAAUGAUGGAAGUAAAGAAUAAGGGAAGGAAAAUGGCACAGGAUCACUUUGCAGCAGAAGCCAUUAAGAAGAGGCUAGAACAGAUAGAGUCAGCUUGGGACAAGCUCCACACUGCUUCAGUUGACAAGAGACAGAAGCUCCAGUAUGCUCAAAAAGGAGAGCAAUUCAUCAGAGAAGCUGAUGAAGUAUUAACCUGGAUGAACGACAGAAUGGCUAUUGCAAGCUCCAGUGAGCCAGGAAAAGACUUAGAGCACGUGGAGCUCCUACAAACAAAAUUUGAUGAGUUUUCUAAGGAUGUUCAAGCAAAUGAGCCUCGUAUUACAUCAGUGAACCAGUUUGCUCAAAAACUGAUUCAUGAGUAUCAUCCUGAAUCAGAACUAAUAACAUCUAAAAGAAAGUUAGUUAAUGAGACAUGGGGGAUGCUAAAGCAGCUCUCACAGCAAAGGAGACAAGUCUUGGAAGGAGCUCACGAGAUACAGAAAUUCAACAGAGCCGUUGAAGAAACAGCAACGUGGAUGAACGAGAAAUCAAACGCUGUUUUAUCAGACGAUUAUGGACGGGAUCUUGCUA